AUGUCAGAUUCUUCAGCUAUUGAGCAACCUCCAGUAGUCACAGACCAGGAAGAAACCAUCGCUAUUAUGGAGCUGGAACCUCCUGCUGCUCUUCCACCUCCUCCAGAAGAGGAAUGGGUCCCAGUUCCGGAAAGCAUCGACAUGAGAGCCUCCCGUUCAACCUUUGCUCUGUUCUGGACCAUUUCUGUCGUUCUGGGCAUCUUCAGCCUGGUGCUCUUGACGUUGUGUGGAUUCUUUGCUUCUCAGUACUUUCAAAAUCUUCAGGCAUCGGAGAGCAAGCUGAAGAGUUUUAAUGAAUGGAUGGAGGCCUUCCAAAGGAAAGCAGAAGCAUUUAUUGAUAUCCAAAAAGGUCUUGACUAUAAUAAAGCAACCAUAGAAAGACUCCAGAAUCAGAGUGAGGAUCUCACUGAGGCCCUGCAAGCACUUACCACCAACAAAGGAAGGUGUGGGCAUCCUCUGAGCCACUGGAUAGAAUACAGAGGGAAUUGCUACCAGCAAACUGUAGACCCGGUUUCUUGGUUGAACUGUUCUGAUCAUUGUGCCCGUUUGAAUGCUACAUUUUUAAAGAAAGAAAGCAGCCGGGGAUUACUGAAUUUCCUGAAGUUGCUUGCUGUAAAUCGUACUUGGGUUGGGCUAUCUUAUAACAAGGAGAAAAAAACGUGGAUGUGGGAGGAUGAUUACCUACCUCCCGGCCUGUAA